AUGAAGAUGGCGUCUCAUACAACGCCUACCAAGAAGGACACAGAAGGUCACGUGCCAUCACCAGCCGCUGCUUCAGAUGCUGGUGCGACACCAGCCACACCUGUCGCGUCGACGCACCGGUACAAGCUGCGGGCGCGCAAACCUCGAGAAGGCUCGCCUACGCCUACACCAUCGCGACGCAACAACGGCUCUGUUACGCCGUCACCGUUCAAACACCACUACCACCGCUACAGCGGCACCGAAUUCAACCUAAGCGCAAGUGCUAGGAACUUCAGAGCUCGCACAAUGUCUGGCACGGCGGGCAAAUGGCGCGAGGAGCAGGUCCUCAUCAUCUGCCCCGGCACCCACACCACUAUGGCUCAGCUGGGAUGCAGCGAGUUGACGCCUCCUACGCGGCGCAUGCCUACGAGGAUGUUCAAAGAGGGCGAGCAUUGGGCGCCUUACCACAAGACGAAGCGCACCGCCAUAGUCAAUGGCGUUGAGGAGGAGGAGUGGCUGGAGGAUGUUGAUGAGGAUGAGGGAGCUGUGUAUCCCAUUGAAGCUGGUCGCAUUGUCAACAUGAGCGCACUCCUCGCAUUCCUCGACCAUGUUCACGGCCUGCUUACAACCACAUAUCACAACACCCCCAUCAUGCUCAUGGCUUCACCGCAAUGGACCCGACCCGACUGCGAGACCAUCGCCCGAUACGUUUUUGAAAACACGAGAACACCCGCCCUAUGCAUAAUCCACAGCGGAAUCGCUACGCAGUAUGGCCUGAAGUGGCCCAACAUGACUGUGGUCGAUAUCGGCUUCCAAAAGGUCGACGUUACGGCAAUCCACGACGGGCGAGUCGUGAAUCACAUGGAUGUUGGUGCAUCCGAGGCAGAUGGGGAAAUCAGCGGAGGCGAGGCCUUCACCCGAAACUUGGUCAAGCUACUCCAAGAGAAGGGCUUCAACCGGGAUAUGGCAGAACAACUCAAGAAGAGCAACAUUUGCGAGGUACUGCCUUAUAAUGCCGCCGAGGACGAAUUGAUGCUGCUCCCCAAGGAAAACACUUCGGGUGCAUCAGCAGGUCUACCGGCGCCCGCAGCCGUUCUUGAGGCUGCCACAAAAGCCCCUGACGUGGCCAAAAUUACAGAUCUUGAGGAUGGUGAAGAAGGCACCGGUAACGCAGACGAUGAUGGCGUGCUAGACGUGGCAGCUAUUGUUACGAGUGGUCAGACAAAGGAGUUCCUUGCUAAAAAGGAGAAGGAAAAGGAGAAGGAGAAGGGUAAGGGUGGUAGAAAGAAGGGCGAGAAGGAGGCUGAGGGCGCUGCAAGGAACGCUCGUUUACCGAACUCUAAGAGAACACACAACAUCUUUUUCUACGAGGAGAUUGUCCAAGAAGAUGUUCCUCCACCAACGAAGGAGAAGGAGAAUGUCGAGGAUGCUACAAAUGGUACCAAUGGCACCAAUGGCACAACGGAGGCUCCCAAGCCUGAGGGCGAGACCAAUGGAGCCCAACCCCCAGCAGGAGAAAAUGCGACCGCGCCUACGACAGAAGCUCCCAAGCCAGUAGAAGGCCAAGAACCAACACAGUCGAUAGAGCCCAAGCCCGCAUCCGAGCCUAAGCCUGAAGUUCAAUCGACAACCGAGACGCCCGAGAAGCGACCAAAGCGCAUCCGUCGAGAUGUUGAGGUCGGCCUGGAGCGAUUCAAGUUCGCCCAGCGACGUGAGAUCGACCGUAUUGUCAGCGCUAUUUAUCGCACCGUCCAGGGUAUCGAUGAUAUGUAUAUGCGACCAGCCUGCUGGGACAACCUCGUCUUCGUCGGUAACGGUGCUCGUCUUCGCGGUCUCCGGGAGAACAUCCUCCAGACUCUCAAUGCCCGCCACCUCGUCUCCCCUUCUACAGCCACCAUAUUCACCUCCGAGCUGCCCUCUAACAUGGCCACGCCUACUGGCACUGGCGCCCAGACCCCAACGGGCUCUUUCACCGGCGCGCCACACCAGCUGUCUACAAGCGGCGUGAACCCUCUCCUUCAGGCCGCCACUACAGCCGCCGCUGCUGGCACCACCGGUAACAACAUGGUCGGCACGCCGCAGCCCGCCUCCGAGGCUGGAGGCCCCGCUACGACUCAUCACUUCCACAGCCAGACCCCCACAAGCAUUAAGACUGCGUCUCUGCCUUCGUACCUGAGCGAGUGGACCAAGAACGGCUUCGAGGAAUCCAUGUUCCUCGGCGCCCAGGUCGCUGCACGCAUUGCGUUUUGCUUGCACUCGAACAUGGACGCCCAGACCAUUGAGGCUCAGCGGCUUAUGAGUUUGAGCAGAGUUGAUUACAAUGAACUUGGCCCCAAGGGCAUUCGCACGCACUCAAUGCUUGGCUAG